CUUUUAUAUUUCCCCCCCCCCCCCCAAUUUUGUGCCCAGAUUGUGUGAUUUCCUCUAGCAGUGAGAUUAAAUAAUUGAUUUAAUACUGAAGUAAUGAUCUGAGAUGGAAAUUAACACAACAAACAAACCUUGCAAACAACAAACAAGCUGAAACUAGUUCCUGUUGGACCUCCGUGAACAGUUCAUUUAGGAACGAAUAUCAUGGAAAUAAAUCCUAUCGCUGUGAUUCUGGUCUAUAUGGACAGUAAGGGCGAUCGUUUAUUAUACCGAUACCCCUAUGCUGCCGACAAAUCACUGAACAACCAAAACUUGUCAUAUUCUGUAAAUAAUUCAUUACCACAUGUUGAUAGCAGUGGAAGUCUGACACAAAAGAGUGGGUCCGAUGGUCUGCAAAAGAAACGACAUCGUUUUGCUUUACAGAACUCCGAUGAUCUGUUGCAAACUCAACCGUUGAACAGCGCUGGAAAUAUUGCAAUAAGUAAAGCCGGUCAAUUACAAGGAUUUUCUGAUGAUGUGUUGGCGCCACUGUUUGCCGUUAAACCCCAGCUAUGUAAUCAGAAAUUCGAACUAAAAGUUAAUGAUGUUCGGUUUGUUAGCCAUCCCACAUUGGUGCCAAGGCGUGAACAACAACUUCAGCAGCAACGUUCCAAUUUUAUUAGUCAACUGACCAAUGUCACAUCGGUUGUACCGCAACAGCAACAACAACAGCCUCAACAAAUGUUGGUAAACAUUGUGUUUGCAUUGCAUGCACAGGCAAGCUAUUCCAUUGUGAAAUGUUAUUAUGAUUUAAGCAAGCGUUUAGGCUUGGCCCUGAAAGUGGAAGAACAAAGAGUGGGAUACCUAACCGAAGAAACUGUGUUAAUGACACGUACCCAUGAUGAAGUUUCAUCGCAACAAUUACCAUUGGAAAAGGCUUUCGAUUUAAUAUCAGAAAGAUGUACUUUGGCUCAAUCAUUAAAGUCAAUAUACCAUGAUUUGUGUACAACGGGUUUGUUAAAUGCCACCAUUAACCAAAAUCUGACACUGUGUUUUUGUUUACCGGCCAAAGCACACCAGUUGCAUAAAAAGGGUAGUAUGGUUGAUCCUGAAACCAUUGAUCAAUGCCUUAAAUCUUUAAAGCCCUACCAUGGGAUGUUGCUAUUGGUUGCUGCUGUCGAACUUUUAGAUUGUAUACCACCAGCUGCGGCACGAAUGCUUUUCCAGUUAAUAGAGGUUUAUACCCCAUUGAUGAGCUUGCAAAGCAUGGCCUCGGAUGCUGAUCUAAGCAUAGAACAUGUCUAUAAAUUAGUUUCCCAUUUAGUAUAUUGGGCCAAGGCCACAAUCAUAUAUCCGCUGUGCGAAACAAAUGUCUAUGUGAUAGCCCCUGAUGCGCCUUUACAUACCAAAUCCCAUUUGGUGGAAAAGUUUUCAGCACGUUUUCCUGGGAUGUCAUUGUUUGAAGUGAUUUCAGAUUUUUCAUUGCCGACAAGUAUAGGCCAUUUAACUACACCCCUGCAGCAGUCAGCACGCCAAGGUAUAUUGGCUCAAAUGGUUCUAUGGAUGUUACAACAUCAUUUACUAAUGCAAUUGCAUACCUAUGUACAAUUCAUGCCCGGCGAUGUGGAUGAUUUGGACAGCGAUGAAGACGAUGAUGAUGAUGACGACGACGAUGUUAAUGGAGGUUGUGAAAUGGAAUCGGCAUCGUUGAUGGAUUUAGCUGGUUCAAUGUUGGGGCAGGAUGAUAUAUUAAUAGCUGGUCGUAGUAGUAACAGUGAUGAUGAUUUAGUUGCUGGUUCCUUGUUGAGCUUAUCAAGCCAGCCCUUACCGGUACCACACACCAGUCGUCGUUCCAUUACCGAAGAUCGAUUUUCUGCAGGUGGAUCAACAACUUCGGAAAAUAUAGCUGCCCAACCCUCAUCUAGUCACAAGUCCAAUUUUAGUAUGACUGCUUCCCUGAGCACAGAUAACUGCGAUAGCAUAGAUUCCAUAGAAGAUGAGGAAAAAAUCAAGGAACUUUUGCAAGUAUUCGAUGAGUCCGAUCGUCCGGCAAUACGACGAAUACCAGCCUCAGCCAAUCUGGAUGAUUUAUCAUUAAUGGUUAAGCUUUAUGAAGCUGGAUACUUUAAAAGCGAACAUCAUUUGGAAGAGAUUAUGUAUUUUGAAAAUCUAAAACGUUCUCAACUUUUACAAUUGUUGGAUAAAUUUCGAGAAGUUUUAAUAAUCUAUGAGACCGAAGACCCAGCAAUAGCAUCAAUGUAUAAUAAUAAAAUGCCGGGUGAAUGGUAGCGGAAGUGCCGUGGUGAAAAUGGAAUGAAAGAAAGA